AUGUCAUCCUACCCCCGCGACACUCUACAUUUCCCACCAUCAUCACGGCCGUUCCUCGACUCUUAUCUGCCUCCACUCCCAGAUGACAAGGACACCACAAAGCAAGAUGAAUUAUCCCGGCCAUUUACAACACUCACAUUCGCCACAUCUCUUGACUCUUCUCUUUCCUUAGCACCGGGUGUGCGCACUACACUAUCUGGACCUCAAUCAAAAGCAAUGACGCACUACCUCCGCUUCCGUCAUGAAGCAAUCCUCAUUGGUGUCGGGACUGCAAUCGCAGAUGAUCCCGGCCUCAACUGCCGCAUUGAAGGCGCAAGUGGAUAUGAAGAACAGACCAGCCCACCACCUGAUCCUGCCAUUCAGGCACUGGCAGUUGAGGCAUCAUCAAACUUGGAAUUGAAAGAUCUUACGAAAGCCGUCGACAGUUCGCAGGCGUCACCGGAGCAAUUACGGCCAUUUCAGAAUCAUAUUGAUCGAGUUCAGAUGGAGAAUAUACGACAACGGCAAGCAUCGUUACAUCAGCCGAGGCCUAUAAUCAUUGACCCAAAUGCCAGAUGGGAGCCCCGUGAAUCUCGUAAGAUCAUUGCAUUAGUCAAACAGGGCAAAGGUAAAGCGCCGUUCGUCAUCAUAUCAAAAUUAACGUCUCCGCCUGAUGAAGCUCGAGAGCUUCUGGAGAAAUACGGCGGAAAAUACAUUGCCUUGGACACAGUUACCAGCAAUAAUCCUGAUGAUAGCGUGGACGCUGCGCAUCAACACUUUGACUGGAACGUCAUUCUCAACGUCCUAGCAACAAAAGAAAACAUCAAAAGCAUAAUGAUCGAAGGCGGCGGAUCGAUUAUCAACUCCCUUCUUUCAGAACAGCGGUAUAGUGCUCUGAUUGACUCGGUCAUUGUGACUAUUGCCCCUACCUGGCUGGGCCAAGGGGGUGUGGUAGUAUCGCCUCAGAGACGUGUUGAUAGUUAUGGAUGUGCGAUACCCGCUUCAAGACUUACGGAUGUUAAAUGGCAUCCGUUUGGGGAGGAUGUUGUAUUGUGUGGCAGGAUUAAAAGGUCUUGA